AACUGAAUAAUUUAGGUGUUUUAGAUGUUUGUAAAGCUUUGAUCUGAUUCUAACACGUCCUGAUGGUCUCAGCUAAACAACUGUCUCUUCACUCACUUGAGGUGAAGUUGUACUUUCAUCACCACCUGAUGACUCUCCGACCGAUGAAUAUAUGUGGAAUCUUUAGAUUAAAUAAAAAUUAUUAUUUUAGAUAAAAAAAAACAGAAGAUGCUUAUUUUAGCUGCAACCCAACAGAAAACCAGGCUGCACCAGACAAGCUGGACGAAACCCUGAAAAUGUCUCAUUUUAAUCUUUUUCAUUUCACUAAAAGCUGUUUUCUAAUGAGAGGAUCGAUUUUUGUCAUCAAACGCAUCAUUUUUAUCAGCAUCACAUCAAGUUUGUCCGGUAGAUGGCGAGACGCAGAGGGUGACUUCAGGCUGAGAGAUCCGCAGCUUCCACCCCUGCUGUGUCUGCUCAAGAGACGCAAAGAUGCUGAUGCUGGACGGGAGCACGGCGCGUGAGGGGGAUGCUUUAAGAUGCUAGCGCGACGGACGCCACCAGCGGUGCCUUGUAAGCCGGGAGCUGUUAUGUAAGAGCAGAGGAGAGCCACGGGGAUCCUCGCGAGCUAAUUAAAAUAUUCAUUGUUUCAUCCGACAGCUGCGCGCCAGGUUAACGCGUGUAAUCCUUCCGCUAAGUAAUGUAGUUCGUCAACGCUAGCAAACAAAGUUGUUGCUAGGCGACAGUCAAUGGCGCUUUCACGGGUCGCGCGCGCGUAUUGAUACGUAAGUUAGCUUUCAGGUGUGCGGAAACUAACGCCGCUUUGGGAGGGGGUUAGCCAAUCAGCUCGGUGUGUUGGGGGUUAUGUUGAACUAAAGCUGUAACCCAUCGUGCGGACUGGCUUUUAGUAAAACGAGCAGGUAGCUGACCGACAUCUUUCGGCCGAGCCGAGCCGGACGCGUUUGCUACAGGUGUUGUGCUGUAAAAAGUUCCCCCGGAGCAGGCUGUGGGCCGAGCCCCGGAGGCGACUCCCUCCCCCUCCCCUCCCAUCCCUCCCCCUCUCAUCUCCUCCCGUCGUUUAACUGUCACGUGUUAAUGAUGAGAGAGCUCUCGUGGGGUCUCGUUGAUGGAGAGCACCCCGUGCCGCACAGCCGGUGGUGUGUGCCCACUUCAUGGAGGCUGUCUAAGCCCAGCCGGUGUUUACGGGACCUCGGCCAGGAACGGGAACGCAGCCAGAUGCAGUCAUGAGUCCUCCACGCCGAUCAUCGAGUUGCCAUAGCGACAGGCCCUCCUCGGAGACCCUGCAGAAAAACAACAGCAGCAACUCUGGUGUGAUCCUGGACAUUUCCUCUCUCAAGAUGGCUGAUGUAGACACCGAGGUGCCUCCUCUUCCGCCUCGCUACCGCUUCAGGGACUUGCUGCUCGGGGACCAGACGUUUCAGAAUGAUGACAGGUAUCAGGAGGAGUACAGUAUGGACUCAACCAAUGCCCAGGUGCAGGUAGAGUUCUAUGUCAAUGAAAACACCUUCAAGGAGAGGCUGAAGCUCUUUUUCAUCAAGAACCAAAGGUCAAGUCUAAGAAUCCGUUUGUUCAACUUUGCCCUGAAGUUUCUCACCUGUGCCCUCUACAUAGUGAGAGUCACCCUGGACAACCCCAAAGAGGCCAUCCCAGGGGCAGCGUGUCGGAACAGCAGUUCAAACACAACCGAGUCGUCAGAAAUCAACUGGAAUCUGAUUUUCUGGGUGAAUAGACGGGAGCCUGUGUGGGCCAUACAGGUGACAGUGGCCUUAAUCAGUUUCUUGGAGACUAUGCUCAUCACAUAUCUCAGCUACAAGGGGAACAUUUGGGAGCAGAUCUUCCAGAUAUCCUUCAUAUUGGAGAUGAUCAAUACGGUGCCGUUUAUAAUCACAAUCUUCUGGCGUCCUUUAAGAAACAUUUUUGUUCCUGUAUUUCUUAACUGCUGGCUUGCCAAAGCAGCUCUGGAGAACAUGCUUAACGAUUUCCAUCGUGCCAUCCAGAGGACCCACUCUGCCAUGUUUAACCAGGUGUUCAUCCUCAUCUGCACCUUACUGUGUCUGGUCUUCACCGGGGCAUGCGGGAUUCAGCAUCUGGAGAGAGCCGGGAAGAACCUGUCCUUGUUUGACGCCUUUUAUUUUUGCAUCGUCACCUUCUCCACCGUGGGCUACGGGGACGUUACUCCACAGAUCUGGCCCUCCCAGCUGCUGGUGGUCAUUCUCAUCUGUGUUGCUCUGGUGGUCCUCCCACUGCAGUUUGAAGAGCUAGCAUACCUGUGGAUGGAGAGCCAGAAGCUGGGGGGGAACUACAGUCGCCAUCGGGCACAAACCGAGAAGCACGUGGUGUUGUGUGUCAGCUCGCUAAAGAUCGACCUGCUGAUGGAUUUCCUCAACGAGUUCUACGCUCAUCCAAGACUGCAGGACUAUUAUGUGGUGAUUCUGUGUCCAACAGAAAUCGACAUUCAGGUUCGUCGGAUCCUCCAGAUCCCCCUGUGGUCCCAGAGGGUCAUCUACCUGCAGGGAUCAGCCCUCAAAGACCAGGAUCUGAUGAGGGCCAAGAUGGAUGACGCCGAAGCCUGCUUCAUCCUGAGCAGCAGGAAUGAAGUUGACCGGACUGCUGCUGAUCACCAAACCAUUCUGAGGGCUUGGGCUGCAAAGGACUUUGCUCCAAACUGUCCUCUCUACGUCCAAAUUCUCAAACCAGAAAAUAAAUUCCACGUGAAGUUUGCAGAUCAUGUCGUGUGUGAGGAGGAGUUCAAGUACGCCAUGUUGGCGCUGAACUGCGUGUGUCCGGCUACGUCCACAUUAGUGACUCUCCUGGUUCACACCUCCAGAGGACAGGAAGGGCAGCUGUCACCGGAGCAGUGGCAGAAGAUGUAUGGACGAUGCUCUGGGAACGAGGUCUACCACAUCCGACUGGGGGACAGCAAGUUUUUCGGCGAGUAUGACGGAAAGAGCUUCACCUACGCUUCAUUCCACGCCCACAAGAAGUACGGCGUGUGUUUGAUCGGUGUGAAGAAGGAGGACAACAAAAGCAUCCUCCUGAAUCCGGGACCACGUCACAUCAUGGCUGCUGCUGAUACCUGCUACUACAUCAACAUCACCAAGGAGGAAAACUCCGCUUUCAUCUUCAAGCAGGAGGAGAAGCACAGCAAAGGUCUGCCCAUCAGCGGACUCUACGACGCCCCCUCCAGGCUGCCUGUGCAGAGCAUCAUCGCCAGCAUGGGCACUGUAGCUAUUGACCUGCAGCACCCAGAUCCUCCAGAGGAAAGCGGGAAACUGACCUUGCCGACGGAGAACGGUGCCGGAAGCCGUAGGCCGAGCAUCGCACCCGUCCUGGAAAUAGCUGACUCGUCCGCCAUUUUGCCCUGCGACCUGCUCAGCGACCAAUCAGAGGACGAGACCAACCAUUCAGACGAGGAAGGCUCUGUGGGCUCAGACUUCGUGAAGGGCUACCCUCCCAACUCUCCCUACAUCGGCAGCUCCCCCACGCUGUGCCAUCUCCUUCCACAGAAAGCUCCCUUCUGCUGCCUCCGCCUCGAUAAGGGCUGCACACACAACAGCUUUGAGGAUGCUAAAGCAUACGGCUUCAAGAACAAGCUGAUUAUCGUGUCUGCGGAGACUGCGGGGAACGGUCUUUACAACUUCAUCGUCCCUCUGCGAGCGUACUAUCGGCCCAGAAAGGAGCUCAACCCCAUCGUUCUGCUACUGGACUACCCACCAGACAACCACUUCCUAGAGGCCAUCUGCUGCUUCCCCAUGGUUUACUUCAUGGCUGGAACCAUUGAUAAUCUGGACAACCUGCUCCAGUGUGGGAUCAUCUAUGCUGAUAACUUGGUGGUUGUGGACAAGGAGAGCACCAUGAGUGCUGAGGAAGACUACAUGGCAGAUGCCAAAACCAUCGUCAACGUCCAGACGAUGUUCAGAUUGUUCCCCAGUCUCAGCAUCAUCACGGAGCUCACGCACCCGUCCAACAUGAGGUUCAUGCAGUUCAGAGCGAAGGACUGCUACUCGCUCGCUCUGUCCAAGCUGGAGAAGAUAGAGCGCGAUAAGGGCUCCAACCUGGCCUUCAUGUUCCGGCUGCCGUUUGCUGCGGGCCGAGUGUUCAGCAUCAGCAUGCUGGACACGCUGCUGUACCAGUCGUUUGUGAAGGACUACAUGAUCGCCAUCACCCGGCUCCUUCUGGGUCUGGACACCACACCUGGCUCUGGUUACCUGUGUGUUAUAAAAAUCACAGAGGAGGACCUUUGGAUCCGGACCUACGGCCGACUGUUUCAGAAGUUUUGCUCCUCCAGCGCCGAGAUCCCGAUCGGCAUCUACCGGACCGAGUCGCACGUGUUCUCCACGUCAGAGAGGAACGACAGCAAUGUGCAGUCCCAGGUGUCCAUCAACGCCGAGCAGGGCGAGGAGCACCGCGACCGUGGAGAGUCCUGGAAGGAGAAGACGGCUCACAGGAACUCCACCGCCAGCGACCAGUCGGAGCACCCGCUGCUGAGGAAGAAGAGCAUGCAGUGGGCCCGGCGGUUAAGUAGGAAAAACGUCAAACCUGCGAGCAGAGCGGAGCGCAUUUCUCAGCAGAGACUCAACCUGUACCGGCGCUCCGAGCGGCAGGAGCUCUCUGAGCUGGUGAAGAAUCGCAUGAAGCACCUGGGUCUGCCGACGGUGGGCUACGAGGACGUGUCUAAUCUCACUGCGAGCGAUGUCAUGAAUCGAGUAAAUCUAGGAUAUCUGCAAGAGUUGCAGGACAUUUCAGAGCAGCCAGAGGGGACGAGGCCGUCAGAUGAGAUGAACGACCACCAGAACACGCUGUCCUACGUUCUCAUCAAUCCUCCUCCUGACACCAUGCUGGAGCUCAACGACAUCGUGUACAUUAUUCGGUCCGACCCACUGGCACACAUGCCAGAGGACUCUCACAUGGGACACGCUCGUAACGUCCGGAACCAGCAGGACUUUGGCACAGAGACGAGAGACGAGACUCAUCUUUGAAAUGACCGCAGUCCUCCAACGCCAUGACCCUUGACCCCGAAGCCCUGAGCGAGGGUCGACGGGGCUCUCGAGUCCCACAAACGAAAGCCUAACAAGAGCCAUGAACAUCCCUCAGCCUCGGACCGGACCAGAACACACACAAGCGUUCCUGACAGACCGGAUGUUUUCUACCGAGCUGCUACAGGAGGACGCACGGAGUGCCUCGUUAUUCAGCCCCGCCCCUCCGCAGAUAAACAAACGAUGCCGUCAAAAAGGUUUCUCUGCAGAAAUCCGACACUGUGCCCAGCGGCGGAGCUGCCGUCGUGCCACGACUCCGGCGGACUUCCUCUUCGGCUGUCUGCCUUCACCCUCGGCCACGUCAGCAAACAGAAGGGUUUCCAUCUUUUCCAGGAUUUAGUGGAACGUCCGGCGCAUGUGCACUUCUUCAUUUAUUACCUCAAUUUAAUUCUGUCAGACAUCAUCGGGCCUCAUUUGUGGUUUCACACGCUCGAGUUGCACUUUUACUACCCAAGUUAGCAUUUCUACCUUUAGCUGUGUUAUUUAAACUGAAUGUGAAGUUAUUUUAACGCCACGAGUCAUGUUUGUGCCAUUUGACCCUUUUUUAUUCUACUGAUCUGUAAAUGUUGUUGGAUUAUUUAUGAGGUGCCAUUGUUUGUUGUGUUUAUCAUUUUCAGACCGGACUCGUCACACGUGCUGCCGCGGAGCAAACACUCAGAGUUCAUAUAAGUGAUGAAUUAUUUAUUCAUUUUAAAGCCUAAUUUAGCAUUUAGCUGCAAAUAACAGUUAAAAUUAGAAAAGUAUCUUGACUUUUAGGCUUUAUGUUGUUUACAUGUUUAUGGAUAUUUGAACAUUUUAUCUGACAAAUCAUUUGAUUAUGAGGUAUGAUCACUACGUAUAUUUUUCAAAAGCCUCGUGAUUAUUUUCAGAAUAUAAAAUUGUGCAUCCAUCUUUGUUUACAGUGGUGACCUACAGUAUUGCUCUUCCUGACAUUUCACCACGUUUCUGACCUGGUUUACAGUCAUUUUAAUUCAUUUAACUGAGUUUUUAUCCAAAUCACACGACAGACAUAUCAGCGGUUUGAAUGCUGAACUCCUAAUCCAUGUCAGCAUGUAUGGAAAUGAGCCAGGACCUCGUGUUUCUACUUGAAUGACUCGAUAUCAAGUUGCAGAACUCGUGAGCUGAAGUCUAGGUAGCAGGGAGUUUAGCAGUCAUUAUUUAGCAUUUCAAACUUUUACUUUGGUAAAGAGGCACUUCCUGUUACACGAAUCACCUUGUGUGUAUAAAUAUAUAGCUGUCAGUAUUCUGAUCUGCAUCUUAGGUUUCUGUAAAUAGGAACUUUAUACAUGUUUCAUGUCAUGAAAGUGAAGAGGACUUGAACCGUUUUUGCACUAAGCUCUGAGCGCAACAGCACGACCCUUUAACCUGGAUAAGGACCGUUUUUAAUCCCCAGUCAGAAGGACUCCCUCUGCAGGUUUGGGGUUUUGUUUUAAUCUGAUAAUUGUGAAGUGAUAAAAGACGUUUUGUUUGGGUUUUUUCCAGAUCUCCUGCUUUACAGUCGCCAUACAGAUGUAGUGAUGCAACAUCUCAAUCCACACUAGAAGCUGAAUUGUAUCAGACCCAAAUAACAAAGAGGCAUGUUCUCUCUUAAAAGCAUGUUUUUAAUAAAAGCUUGCCAAGAACAAAACGUUUCUGCAGGACAUCUAAGCCCAUGUCCAGAAGAGUCAGCUGCUUGUUACUCGAUACUGAGUAUUAGGAAUGGAACAUGCAUGUUGUCUCGAUAUGUGACGUUUACCUCCACUUUGUUUUUCAGUUGUUGUCUACAAGAGGUCCAUUCAUUUUGUACGAUUUCUAAAAGAAGUGUUCUUCUGAAGUCUGAACGAAUAAAUGCUGCAUGCAGCCGACGCCCAC